AUGAAGGUAUUCCAACCGGGUCUAUCACAACUACUGAAAACGCUCAUUUCAAUACGAGGUCCCGACGCCACCAAGUUUCUCAAUGGACUACUAACGACGCGAUUAUUGCCCAACAUAGUCAAGAAGAAGCAACACACAAUCAGCGCCAAUGAGGCCAAACAUUCGCAAUUGGAGUCUGUGAUUGACCCCGUGACAAACUACGGCUUGAUACAUGAAGAUAUCUACGACCCUGACGAUAAUAUCUACGUUACUCGCGAAGGUGUCAACUCCAUGAUUUUGAACUCAAAAGGAAGAGUAGUGACUGAUUUAUUCUUGUAUUGUGAUCCAUUCCAUAAUUUCCAAGGUCAAUUUGAUGCCGAGAUGAAAGAGCCACGUUAUUUGAUGGAGGUGGAUACGGGGCAAGUGAGCAAGUUGAUGAUGAUGUUGAAAUUGCACAAGUUGAGCGCUAGGGUUGAUAUCAAACCACAGAGUUCAUUGUCGCUGUAUUACUAUUAUAAUGAUUCUGUUGAAUUUGAUGUGUGGUUGGAAGAUGAAGUGCAAGCACGGUAUUUCCGCAGUGCUGACCCUGUGAAUGCUUUACAGUCUGCCAAUUCAUUCAUUGCGAAUCAAGUCGUUUUCAGUGGCGAUUUCGCGAGCCGGGUGUUGGGGUUUGCUGUUGAUAAUAGAAUACCCAAUUUCGGAUUCAAGUUUGUCACUAGUGGUGCAAUCAAAACGUCGAAAGAUGGAAGGAUUGAGGAGGAUGUGUUUUCGAGUGAGUUUUUGGACCGAUUUGGAGUUGGACUGGUGGUGCCUGAGUCUAAUGUGAUUAAUCGACGGUUCGCAAAUGGCGUGUUUGAAGCUGGCGACGCUCCGAGUGGCGAGUCGUUGUUACCAUUUGAGUGUAAUUUGGACUAUACGAAUGGGUUGUCACUAGAUAAGGGGUGUUAUGUGGGUCAGGAGUUGACGAUAAGGACGUUUAACAAUGGUAUCAUCAGAAAGAGGAUUUAUCCAGUGCAGUUUUUCAACUUGGAUCAAGGCACGGUGGAUGCUAUAAGGCAAGCACAGGUUGAUAACGAUGAUGAUGCGGAAAUUGCAUUUCGGGAAACGACCGCUUUAGAUCAAGUUGCAUCCGCAUCAUUGACGAGGUUGGAAAUGACACCAUUGGUGGAGGACGAACUGAAGGAGGGGAAUGAACAAGAGGAAGCUAAAGCUACGGCAACAGUUACUGCAACAUCUCCAUUUGCAUCCUCCUCGAAACCUGUACGUAAACGGAAAUCGUCUAGUGGCAAAGUAUUGGCAGUCCGAGGAGAUACAGGACUUUGUUUACUUAAUAUGGCUGAAGUUGAUAAAUCACCAUUUUUCAAAAUUGAUAUACCUUCUUUUGAAGGGAAGACGACAGUUGGAGCUAGAGCUAUAGUUCCUGAUUGGUGGCCGGAGUAA